AUGCCCAGCAUUGUCAGUAAGCGGCAGCAGCAACGAAAUGAGAAAGCCUUGCAGGAUCUCAUCCGCUCAGUACCGGGCAAUGAUCGAUGUGCCGACUGUGGAGCCUUCAACCCAGCUCUGCAUCGUAAGCUGGGCACACACAUUUCCAAGGUCAAGUCCUUGACCAUGGACACUUGGACGGCCGAACAAGUUGAUGUGAGUGAUCGGUUCAACAACGUGAGGAGGCGCGAGCUGAUUGUCUAUGGGGCACAGAACAUGAAAUCACACGGAAAUACCCUCAUGAACAAGAUCUUCAAUCCCAAGAACGUCAAACCUCCGGUCCCCAAAGAUAUCGACGAGGCCGAUUCUAGCAUGGAGCGGUACAUCCGGCAGAAAUACCAGUAUCGUUCCCUGGAGGAUGGAAAACCGAAACCACCAAGCCGUCAUGAUUCCAGUUACGACAUAUCGCCGGAGGGGUCACCCCCUCCACUACCUCCAAAAUCUGGCCGGUUUCCGGGCCCUGGGUUGAGAUCCGCUUCCUCUACCUCGAACCUCCAGCGGUCGUCCAACAGACCCUUUGCGACCUCACCUCGAUCCGAAAGACCUGAUUCCCCUCCACCACGAAGCGUUUCCACUUCCGGCUCUCAAGGAUUUGGACUUUCCGUCCGUGAUACAAGUGACGCAUCAUUUGAGUCGAAGCUGGCCCAGCUGAGAGAUUUGGGGUUCACCAACGAGCGUCGAAACGCAGCGGCCCUUAAAGGUCUCGACGGUAACUUGAAAAUGACCAUCGAGACUUUGCAGAGAUUAGGGGAAGGGCCUGCAUCGCUGGGACGGCCUUCGGCAGCUGGCAACCCCACAAACAAUUCUACUAGAGGGGACAGUUCCGCCAAUCCGUUCGACCUGCUCGACUCCAAACCCUCCCCCCAGACGAGCAGCGCGUAUAAUCCGUUCGAUAUGCCAACGUCACAAGCACAACAGCAACUCGCACCUGCGCCUGCCCCUGUACAGUCUCUCGAGGGGUCUUUCCAGCAUUUACAAGUUUCGCAGCCGUUAUUCCCGCACCAAACCGGAGGAUAUCCUGGUCGUCAAGCUUCGCUUCCUCAGCCCCUUUACCAGCACCCUCUUACACCUCCUAUCACCUCGACUCAAUCACAAGGCACAUACAUCUCAUCCCCACAAGCGUUCGACGGAAGCCAAAACCCAUUUUUCCAGUCCAGCACCCAGCCGCAAGCACCAUUCACUAGCACACCGCUCACCGAGAGCCCUGGCGUUGCUCAAACAAACCCCUUCUUCAGCCAGUUCGGAGCGGCGGCGAACUCAAUGCAGUCACAACCACAAUCAGUCUCUGGAGGUGCACUGCCCAAUCCGCCCCAGCAUGCGAACACCAUGCCAGCAUUGUCCUCCACAUCGCCCUUUAGCCAGGGUUCUUACCAACAGCAGCAGCAGCCGCAGCAACAACAAUUCUUACAGAAUCAACCACAUUUGCAGGGGCAGGGCUUUGCAUCCCAGAAUCCAUUCCAGUCGAUGGCAGCGCCAAAUACACCACAGAAUGCGGUCUAUCAACACCAAUAUCAGCCACAACUACAGGCCGGGAUGCAGCAGCCUACUCAGUACAUGGCUCCUCAGCCCACAGGCCGCGUGGAUAAGGGCAGCAUCCUUUCUCUGUACAAUACAUCCUCCGCACAAGCAUCCGGGAUGCAGCAGCCCUCUCAAAUGCAAGCUCCGACGGGAAUGUCGCUGAACCAAGCGCCCCCAAACCAGCCAAUGCCAAGUAUCAGCGAACACCAGAACAACGGCCCACAGGCCUCUGCUGCCCCCCAGUUAGCCGGGUCUCGGAAUCCCUUCAUGGGUGGGCAAGGCGGCCCCGGUGCUGGGAUGGACCUGACCCCAAAAGCCUCUCAGCUGAAUGGCAAUUUCCCCAGGACCCACAUGAGCCAGCAGAGUGUAGAUAUCAACGGCUUCCAGAGCGGACGGCACAGCCCCGAUGCCUUUGCCAAUCUGAGCGCCCGUUACCGGUAG